CAUAUUGAAAAUUGAUUCACCCGUGUUGUAGUUGGUGAUAGCCGCGACUGUUUUCUCUUUCUUCUUCUCUCUUCUCUCUCUUCGGAGUUUGGAGUUUAUCUGUGUGGAGCACUUUGGUGGCUGCGAAAAUGGAGAACGUGGAUCCUUCGCGAGAUUUUGUCAAAGACGUGAAGCGCAUAGUCAUCAAGGUUGGAACUGCUGUUGUUACCCGCAAAGAUGGACGCUUGGCAGUUGGAAAAUUAGGUGCACUUUGUGAACAGAUUAAGGAACUUAACUCUCUGGGAUAUGAGGUUAUUUUGGUCUCUUCUGGUGCUGUUGGCCUUGGACGCCAAAGGCUUAAAUACAGGAAAUUAGUUAAUAGCAGCUUUGCUGACCUUGAGAAGCCACAGGUUGAGCUUGAUGGCAAGGCGUGUGCCGCAGUUGGACAAAGCAGCCUCAUGGCUAUUUAUGAUUCCUUGUUUAGUCAGCUGGAUGUCACAUCUGCUCAGCUUCUUGUUACAGACAACGAUUUUAGAGACAGAGAUUUUAGAAAGCAACUUACUGAAACGGUGAAGUCGUUGUUGGCACUUAAAGUUAUUCCUGUUUUCAACGAGAAUGAUGCUGUCAGUACUAGGAAAGCUCCAUAUGAGGAUUCUUCUGGAAUAUUUUGGGAUAAUGACAGUUUAUCAGCUUUGUUGGCCUUGGAGUUAAAAGCUGAUCUUCUUGUUUUGUUGAGUGAUGUAGAGGGUCUUUACAGUGGGCCUCCAAGUGAUCCAGAGUCAAAGCUCAUUCAUACAUACAUCAAAGAAAAACACCAAAAUGAAAUUACUUUUGGAGACAAGUCUAGGGUGGGAAGAGGUGGAAUGACAGCCAAAGUGAAGGCUUCUGUUCAUGCUGCUGAAGCUGGCAUUCCUGUGAUUAUUACCAGUGGCUAUGCGGCAGAAAAUAUCAUUAAAGUUCUCCAAGGACAACGUAUUGGAACACUCUUCCAUAAAGAUGCACAUAAGUGGGCACCAGUUAAAGAGGUGGAUGCACGGGAAAUGGCAGUUGCAGCUCGGGACUGUUCCAGACGACUUCAGGCCUUACCUUCAGAGGAGAGGAAACAAAUUAUGUUAAAUAUAGCUGAUGCCUUGGAAGCAAAUGAAAAGGAAAUCAGGACUGAAAAUGAAGCUGAUGUUGCUGCUGCACAAGAAGCAGGAUAUGAGAAAUCCUUGGUUGCUAGGCUGGUUUUAAAACCUGGGAAGAUUACAAGCCUUGCAAACAACAUGCGAACUAUUGCAAACAUGGACGAUCCAAUUGGUCGAGUGUUAAAACGAACUGAGCUUGCAGAUGGGUUAAUUUUAGAGAAGACAUCAUCUCCUAUAGGAGUUCUCUUAAUUGUUUUUGAAUCUCGCCCCGAUGCACUUGUACAGAUAGCUUCUUUGGCGAUCCGGAGUGGUAAUGGGCUUCUUUUGAAAGGAGGCAAGGAGGCUAAGCGAUCAAAUGCAAUUUUACACAAAGUAAUUACUGAGGCCAUACCUGAUACUGUUGGCGGAAAACUUAUUGGACUCGUUACAACAAGAGCAGAGAUCCCAGAGCUACUUAAGCUGGAUGACGUAAUUGAUCUGGUGAUUCCUAGAGGCAGCAACCAACUUGUUUCUCAGAUAAAGAGUUCCACUAAAAUUCCUGUUCUAGGUCAUGCUGAUGGAAUUUGUCAUGUCUAUAUUGAUAAAUCUGCUAACUUGGAGAUGGCAAGGCGGAUUGUUCUGGAUGCAAAAAUAGAUUAUCCAGCAGGCUGUAAUGCCAUGGAAACACUUCUUGUUCACAAGGACUUAGCAGAUAAAAAUUGGCUCAAUGAUAUUAUUGUUGACCUACGAACAGAAGGUGUUACAUUAUAUGGAGGACCCAAGACAAGCUCUCUGUUAAAUAUUCCACAGGCACGUUCGUUUCAUCAUGAGUACAGUUCGUUGGCCUGCACUAUUGAAAUUGUGGAUGAUGUGUAUGCAGCUAUUGACCAUAUAAAUCUUUAUGGAAGUGCGCAUACUGAUUCCAUCGUCGCGGAAGAUCAUGAAGUGGCUGAUGCUUUUCUACGCCAAGUUGACAGUGCUGCUGUUUUUCACAAUGCUAGUACAAGAUUCAGUGAUGGGGCGCGAUUUGGAUUAGGCGCAGAGGUUGGAAUAAGUACAAGCAGGAUUCAUGCUCGGGGCCCUGUAGGAGUUGAUGGCUUGUUAACAACCAGAUGGAUUCUAAAAGGGAGUGGACAAAUAGUUGAUGGUGACAAAGCAGUUAGUUACACUCAUAGAGACCUUACAGCUACUUGAUUUGUAGUUGUAACUACAAAUUCACAUCAUUCUCAAGAAGGGAUAGGAUGCUUGGAGGCGAUUGGGUUGUCCUUUAGAGUGUGGCAGAAACUGUAUAAUUCAAUAGAGGGAGGGAUAUCUGUGUUAUGUAUUGUUGCUUAUCCGUUCAUUGUGUUAUGUUGUAUACGCAUUGUUAGGAAAUUAAUGUUCUUUGUUUAGGAUUCUUUUUAUUCUUAUUAUUUUCAAGUGAAAUGAUAAUAGCUCUGUUUGUUAAUGCAAAUAAAAAAGAUGAUUUUAUUGCUCU